AUUAUUAAUAGUAUGUAACUCGGAAUUUCGCGUCGGUAAAUCAGCUCACGUUUCAUCGCAAAUUAGGCCGAACAAUAAUAUAACAAAAUGUUUAAUAAUUGUUAAAUUUACAAACUGAGUUUUUUAUUACAAUAGUGAUAGCGAAAAGCAGAUUUUAAUUAUAUAUAUUGGUUGACAUUCUACUUCAAUUGAACAAAAUUCAGUAUAGGUUAAGAUCAUAACCUAACACUUAUGUUAAGUAUAUGCUUGAUGUCCCGAGAGUCCAUAACUAAGACGCGCAGGUUGGACGAUGGUGGGGGAACGCAGCGAAUUCUCCGCCAAUCGCUUUCCACCUCGUCUGAGUAUCGCCAAUCAGAGCGACAAUGCGCAGAAAAGAACGAAAACUGGUCUUUUCGCAGUUAUAGACUCUCGAGCAUCAAUAUUCUUAUAACUACCGUUAAGUCUUACAUUUUUAUAGAUUAUUUCAAAUAUAUACAAAGUUUUGACUUAUUUUAUUAAAAUUUUGAUUUCAUAUCUCAGAAGAAUGGGAAAAGUAUAUUCCUACUUUUCACGACCACUUCGUACAUUUAACAUUGAAAAUCGUACGGAGCGGAUUCUUGCAAAAUCGAAGCCUACUCCUGCACCUCAGUAUCCAUAUGUAAAGAAACAAAAGGAAAUAGUAGAUAAAUUGUAUCCAAAUUUUAUGGAAACCCACUUAAAGAAGGAUACACAGUUGGAUGACCGAUUAAAACAAGUUUUUGUUGAGUCUGAUAAUCCAAAGGUUGAAGUAUCAUCUUCUACUAAAUCAUUACCACAAGACAGAAGUCAAACUCCUCUGUUUGAAUAUGGUGUUUACGUAUCAGAUGUAAUUCCUGAGGGUAAAUGUUCCUUAAGGCAAGCAUUGGAUUUUAUUUCCAAGCAUAAUGAAAACCCUACUGAAUAUUCUGCGAAGCAAAUAGCUCAAGAAUACAAAUUAGAUAAACAAGUAGUGGAAAAUAUUUUAAAACAUUUUAAAAUCCCUAAUGUUAAGCAAUUUAAACGGCGGCAAAUUGAUUGGACUCCAGUUGAAAAGACAAACUAGUAUUUGUAUCUAAGAAAUUAAUAUAAAUAUGUAGAUAAUGUGUAAAUAAUACUGUAUUAUUAAAUAAAUUACUUAUUUCAAUUCA